GCACUUGUGCAAAAGGAUCUCAUGCCUCAUGGCAGAGAACUCUUGCACACAAAUGAGAAAUCUUUCUCAACUACCCCAUUUCACCUGGAACAACAUUUCGUUUGUUAUGUAGUCUCCUCCCACUCUGUAUAUGUAACUUGAUGAAUCACUGUUCUUGAAAUCAUUGCAACCAGUCUCUCGAAACCCUUUCCAAGGGAGCAAGGGAGACUACGAACACGCUGAGAACAAUUACAGAAAAACCACCAGGGAAAAAAGAGAGCUGCUGCAAUGGCCCCCCAUCUCCUUCCUUGGAUCUUGUGCCUCAUCCUUUUGCUGGUGGGAUCCAGCUCUGCCGCUGAAGAUGACUUAGUGGUGGUGACCAGCAGUGGCUCUGUCCAGGGAAAGCGUCUCCCGUCUGGCUCUGGCAAUGUCACGGCCUUUUUAGGCAUCCCCUACGCUGAGCCCCCUGUAGGCAAACUGCGCUUCCAGAAGCCCGUUCCUCGUCAGCCAUGGAGCCAAGUCUUGGAGGCCACCAACUUCAGCAAUUCCUGCCCCCAGGUAGUUAUUUCCGGACCUCCGGAUGCCGAAACAUGGACUGCCAACACGCCCCUCUCAGAGGACUGCCUCUACCUCAACGUCUGGGUGCCCCAUCCUCGGCCCUCCAAGCCAGCCGCUGUCCUUGUCUGGAUCUAUGGUGGGGCCUAUUUUGCUGGCACAAGCUCCCUGGUGCUGUACGACGCAGCAUUCCUAGCUGCUGCCGAGAAUGUCAUUGUGGUCUCCAUGAAUUACCGCCUAGGGCCUCUAGGCUUCCUUUCGUUGCCACCAGCUGUCCCAGGGAACAUGGGCCUGAUGGACCAGCAGCUAGCCAUGUCUUGGGUGAAGCAUAAUGCAGCUGCCUUUGGUGGAGACCCUACUCGGAUAACCAUUUUUGGCGUGAGUGCUGGAGCAGCCUCUGUUGCGUUUCACCUCCUCUCGCCAGGGAGCCAGCCUCUUUUCCAUCGUGCUGUGCUAGAGAGUGGAGCUUCCGUUGCAGUCUGGGCUUGGCUGAAUCCUGAGGAGGCCAGAAGAAGAAGUAAGAAGCUGGCCAAGAAGAUGGGCUGUGCUCAAGAAGAGGUCCCUGCUUUGGUGAGUUGCUUGCAGGGAAAGAACGCAUCAGAGUUCCAAACCGCCCAGUUCCUUGUUGUGGACCCCACGGUGGUUCUGAAUCUACCAUUUGCACCGACAACAGAUGGGGAUUUCCUCCCCGAUGAUCCGCGGAAGCUUCUAGAAUCCAAGAACUUCACGGCUAAGCCUAUCGUGAUCGGUACCACCUCCGAUGAAGGGUCUGCCUUCGUCGUAUAUGCAAGCCCUUUUUUGAACACGACCAAAGACUGCCUCUUGACCCGGGAGCAACUGUUGAAGGGGCUGCAGAUCACCGUCCGCGACGCAACCAGUGACUUCAUCAAAGCUGCAGCUGAGAGGUACAGUCAGGCAGAACCCGAAGGCCCAGCAAGGUACCGUUCAGCCAUGGCAAAAGCCUGCGGCGAUUACUUUUUCGUGUGCCCACUCGUGGAUGUCGCCAAAGCGGUGACAGAGGCUGGAAGCCCUGUGUAUGUCUAUACUUUCCGCCACCGCAGCACUGGCUCUGUUUGGCCUGAAUGGCUGGGGGCCAUCCACGGAGCGGAGGUCCCGUAUGUUUUCGGAACUUUGACGCUCUUGAAAGGAACCAAGGAAAACCACACCAAGGCAGAGUUGGAGCUCAUCCCCCGUGUCAUGCGGUACUGGGCAGAGUUUGCCCGAAGCGGCAACCCGACUCCUUCCAAUGUCAAUGGAACAAAAUGGCCCAUCUAUGACCCGGCACAGCAGAACUUCUUUGUCCUCAACACGGAGCCACCCCGUGUGAUGGAGCCAUCGCCGGCUCAGCAGUGCAGUUUUUGGAAGACACUCCCAUCAGGGGCAUCAAAGCCAGAAAUCCAAGAAGAUGUCUUAUCCACACAGCAAUAUGAAAGGGAGGAGCUGUGAAUUAAGAGAAAGGCUUUUUUUCACAGAGAUGUCUGAAAAGAUGCAGAAGAAUCUAUUAUGUGGAAUUAUAAAGCUUCAUUUUCACAGAAAGGGCUUGCUACUGCCUUGCAAAGACCUGCCUGAAAGCCAAAGUUGAUUCCCCAAGGACCGUAACUCGUCGAGAUGAAGCAGAAGUAUAGUGAUAAUUGAUACCUCUGUUUUCUUUUUGUGAACCACUAGGCAGCCCCAAACUCGGCCCUCCAGAUAUUUUGGGACUACAACUCCCAUCAUCCCUAGCUAACAGGACCAGUGGUCAGGGAUGAUGGGAAUUGUAGUCCAAAAACAUCUGGAGGGCCAAGUUUGGGGGUGCCUGACUUGGAGGCUUGCUUGCUUGCUUGCUUUUUUUACAAUCAAGCAGUAUGUAAUUUAUGCAAUAAAAUAAAUAAAUCUUUUGAAAGCAUUUCCCCAGCUUCCUAU